GCUCGCCUUCGCCAUGAUAGCUGUCAACCAUCACAGUGACUACACAGCGUCACGAUGCCGGGCUCCUCGCGUCUGCCCGUCAGUCUUCGCGACACGUUCAAUGCGCACCGAGGGACGCCGAAAGGCCAGCUCGCCGUGCUGAACAUCGAAGUGCUGCGCAACAUUGUCUUCAUCCUCUUCCUCCUCCGCUGGACACGGAUCUUGUUCUACCAGCUCAAAGGCCGCGGCAUCUUCGGUUCGCUGUCCGAUCUCUAUGUCGCCGUGAGACGCUACCUAUACGGCGUGUUCCUGCGCCUCCCCGGCGUGCGCACCAAAGUUCAGACACAGAUCUCCGAGUCGCUGCUCAAGCUUGAGCGCAAGCUCGUCCCCAGCGGCCCAGGCGUGGAGCGCAUCACGACCCUGCCAAACCAAGGAUGGAGCGAAGAAGAGGUGCGCAAGAAGCUGGGCGAGCUGGCAGACAUGGAGCACACGCGCUGGGAAGACGGGCGCGUCAGCGGUGCCGUAUACCACGGCGGUGAUGAGCUGAUCAGACUUCAGACGGAGGCUUUUGGCAAGUUCACCGUGGCGAACCCCAUUCACCCCGACGUCUUCCCCGGCGUCAGGAAGAUGGAAGCCGAGAUCGUAGCCAUGGUGCUCUCCCUCUUCAGCGCACCCGAGGGCGCUGUAGGCGUCACAACCAGCGGUGGCACCGAAUCCAUCCUCAUGGCCUGCCUCUCCGCGCGCAACAAAGCCUACGCCGAGCGCGGCGUCACCCAGCCGGAGAUGAUCCUCCCCGAGACCGCACACACAGCCUUCCGCAAGGCCGGUGAGUACUUCAAGAUCAAGAUCCAUCUCGUCGCGUGCAAGGCGCCCAGCUACAAAGUGCACCUCCCCUCCGUCUCGCGGCUGAUAAACCCCAACACCGUCCUCCUGGUCGGCAGCGCACCCAACUUCCCCCACGGCAUCAUCGACGACAUCGCGGGCCUCAGCAAACUGGCGCACAAGAAGAAACUGCCGCUGCACGUAGACUGCUGUCUGGGCUCCUUCAUCAUCCCGCUCCUCCCCAAAGCCGGCUUUGACUUCGAGCCCUUCGACUUCCGCCUCAAGGGCGUAACCAGCAUAUCCUGUGACACGCACAAAUACGGGUUCGCGCCGAAGGGCAACAGCACUGUUCUGUACCGCUCAGACGAUCUGCGGAAGUACCAGUAUUUCAUUUCCCCCGACUGGAGCGGCGGCGUGUACGCCAGCCCUUCGAUCGCUGGAAGCAGGCCCGGCGCGCUGAUCGCAGGGUGUUGGGCGUCCCUGGUUAAGCAGGGCGAGAGCGGGUACAUUGACGCGUGCCACAAGAUUGUCGGCGGGAUGAAGAAGAUCGAAUCUGCUGUUCGCGAGAAACCUGAACUCAGCGCUGAUCUCAAGAUCAUCGGGCGCCCGCUCGUCAGCGUCGUCGCGUUCCUCUCCAAUACGCUGGAUAUCUACGACAUCGCGGACGGCAUGAGCGCGAAGGGAUGGCAUCUCAACGCGCUGCAGAAUCCGGCUGCGAUUCACGUAGCGGUUACGCUGCCGAUUGUUGCGGUUGUGGAUAAGCUGAUUGGCGAUUUGGUGGAUGUGGUUGAGGACGUCAAGGAGCAGGAGCGCAAGAGGGUUGCUGAGGGCAAGGGGGCGAAGGGUGCGGUUAAGGGCGAUACGGCGGCGUUGUAUGGGGUUGCGGGGAGUUUGCCGAAUAAGAGUGUUGUUGUGGAUUUGGCGAAGGGGUUUUUGGAUACUUUGUACAAGGUGUGAGGUUGGCUUUGAGUGAUCUCUCUGCAGUGGCCCAAUUUCUACAUAGCGCAGGUCUCGUACACACAACUACAAACGUACUUGGACAUGG